AUGGAGCUAAAGGCUGGAUGAAAUAAAUUAACUGAAGAGAAGCAGCAGGCUGCGUCAUUACUGCGCAUGGGUCUGGGUAUAGGAAGAGGAACAGGCUCCAUACAGGCCCUCCUCCCACAGGGAUAAUACAGAGGGGCACAGGUGCACAAGCCCUAUGUGCUACAGCCGUAAGCCACUUCUUUCCUUGCCAAAAGCCUCACGUCAAUAGCACGUGAACUGGUGUGCUUUAUGGCAGAGGCGCAAAAGCAUAAAGCUGCUGGCCAUUGUUGCGUCAGGAACUUCUGUGAGGUCAUCAUUCCGCGCUCCACUGUUGGUUGGUGGCUUGGCCAUUGGCACUUCUCCGACUGAGGCAACCAUGGCGGCAGUAGUAGCGCUAAUGCGGAAAACACGAGAUUAUAUUAAGACCAAGGAGUUUCGGGAUUAUAUAACCAGCACCCACUUCUGGGGCCCUGUGGCCAACUGGGGCCUUCCGCUGGCCGCCUUUAAGGAUAUGAAGGCGCCUCCGGACAUCAUCAGCGGCCGCAUGACGACCGCCCUCAUCUUCUACUCCAUGGCUUUCAUGCGCUUUGCCUACCGAGUCCAGCCUCGAAACUACCUGCUGAUGGCGUGCCAUUUCACCAACGUGCUGGCGCAGAGCAUCCAGGCGAGCCGUUACCUGAACCACCGCUAUGGUGGCGGAGCCACGGCCAAAGCCACCAAACCUCCAGCCAAAUAAGCUUCAUGACUGGGGGGUGAGAGGGGGAGCCUGAACCAGACUUGGCAGCCUGCAAGCACUGGACUCUGCUCCUCCUAAAGAAAAGCCAAGGAAAACUUUGGUUUGCAAACCCGAUUUAAACCUGCAGUUUGGUUAAUUAAAAAAAAAAAAAGGCAUC